AACAAAUGUUAUCCAGUACUAUGUGCUCGCGAAUUUCAGCAGCAGAAAUGAUAGUAGAAUAUGUUUUCGUAAAUUCCUCUAUGUAUUUUUGUCGUGCUGGCUCAUCAGGAAGAUGUGUAACGAGUGACCUUGACUUUGUAGUGAUAUUUUGAAUUCGGACUCUAGAGUCGCGUUUGUUUCUCUCGAGAUGAAUCCCAUCAUCAUUGAUGAUGUAGCCAAUUCUGUAUUCAAGCUACGGAUGUAUCCGUAUUUCGAUAUCGCUAAUUACAUUUUGAUGAGUAUAUCCGUAAAAGAAGAUACUCCUCAGUCAGGCUCUGUAAGUUUUUCGAGACGUCACCCGUUUUCGUGCUGGUUGGCCACUAUGCUCAUGUGUUUCGGAGGGGCCAUUCUUUCCAACUUCAUCACAGGGUCGCCCCUAUUCGAGUGUUUUGAUGACACAAUCUCCGUUUUAACGGCUACCGUUGUAUGGUAUCUCAUAAAUUAUUUCCCAUUUGAUAUUUUGUAUCGAUUUUGCAAAAUACUUCCUGUUCGACUACUGGUGUGCUCAUUAAAGGAGGUUCAGAGGGCGAAGAAGAUUUUCAUUGGUGUACAUCAUGGCCUUCAUCUGUUUCCACAAUCGCCUGUGAUGUGUGUUCUCCUAGGUCUUUUGAAGGGUGUUGGUAGUCUGUAUAUGCGUCCUGUUUCGAAUUAUGUCUUGGGUAUCUGGGAUCGAAAAAGCAAUCCAUUUAUAAUCGUCAACUUCACUACAAAAAUUUCGUUGCUUGCCGCUAUCGCAUAUUAUUGUCAUCAUUUGGAUAUAAUACCGUUACCGGAAAAUCAAUUAUUCUUGGUUAUAAUGAUUUUGUUUGUUUACCUCAGAAUCACUAUGAUUCUACUGGGCUUAAAAGAUCCAUUUGUACCGUUUGAGAAUGCUGUUUGUAAGGUGUUGUUUGGUGGUACUGUCGACGCUAUUCGUAGUGCUUUUGAACGUAGUCGUAGCAAGGCAUCUGAAACUACACCUUCAAAUUUGUCAAAUGUUAGCGGAACAACUUCAUCAUCAUCAACUGCCAAUAUGACUGGUAAUGCAAAUUUCUCUUCAACUGGUACUGGGACAGGACAAACCAAUCAAGGUUUAUCUAAUAGUAAUGCAAAUAGUUUCAAUUCAAGUGGUCUACGUGAUGCUGCCAAUCGUCAAACACCAUCUUCAGGUGAUAAAAAACGUGAUUAAUAUCAUAAUAAACAAAAUAUUUUGUAGACUUACCUGUUUUGUCUAUCACCUUUAAAUGCUUCUUUCUUCAAAGGGAAUAUUAUUCAUAUUCCAAAAUUCAUACCUUAGUUGGGUAUGCUAUGUAAAUUAGAUCUCUUCUUUCUAUAUGUUUGUGCAUUUAUCCAUCAAUGUUUACAUAUUGAGUAAAGUACGUUUCAAACAACUAUUGUUUUAUGCUUCCUAAAGUCUUAUAGUUCCAUUAUUUGUUUUACCUCUUUUCUUGUAUUAUGGAAUGAAAAUACAAAUCAAUUAAGUGUAGUGAAUAUAUACUCCUACGUGUACGUUCCACUGUGUUUUAUCUUUGUUUUUCUUCUACACUUCUUCGCCAUUUUACACUAGUUUUCUGUAAUGUUGAAUUUUUAUUUUACAAACUGAUCUAUUCUUUUUUUUGAUGUGGGUUUGUUCUCUGAGCUGGAUGGUUUGGUCGUGGAGCUUUCAUCGUUCAGAAGGACGACGAUAACAAACCCACAUCAAAAUCACCCACUUGAGCUACAAAUCUUCUCCACCAUCUCUGACCUAUUCUUGUUGUUAUUCUCUGUGUAAUUCAUUUUGUUUGCAUUUCUAAUUACCUAAAUUUAUCAAUUUAUGGAUUGUUUUUCCAAUUCUUUUUAUCCCUUCCCAUUCCUCCUAAAUGUAUCUCUAUACUUUACUGUUACUAUAUACUCCUUAAGGCCUUAAUUAAAAUUAAGAUUAGUUUGAUUGUUCGAUAGAAUUUCAGUUUUUUUGGUCUGUUUAUUCUAUAAAUUGGAAAUUUGUAUAG